CAAAACUAGAGAUGAUGAAACAAAACGGAAUGAGAUACAGGGAAACCAUUAAAAGCAGUGUGGGUGGAAGGCAUAUACAAGGAAUUAACUAGCAUCUUUCUGACAUACAGGCAGAGUUGGUUUGUGGAGGCAAUUAGGCAAUGAAAAUUAAUAUUUUCUUCUUUAAAGAUAACAAUUUUUAUUUACAAAGCACUCCUUGCUGGAAUAAGCUCAAAGCAUUUAAUGGGUGCUGGCUAAUUACCCCACCCAACAAUCUGGGAGCCAGGAAAAGAGAGAUAAUUAUCCCCAUUUUGCAGGCCGGGAGAUUGAGCCACAGAAGAAUAGUGUCUUGCAUAAAACCAGAGGGCUGAAAAUAGAAGGCAAGCCUCCUAAUAGCACCCUUCCACCCCACUGCAUGUUUACAGACAUAGACUCCUGAGAAAGGAAAACGCACUUGCUGGCCAGAAAAAAGCAGCCGUCACUCAUUGGGAACUACAGCUCCCAGAAGACACUGAGAGGAGACAGGGCUGUGCCCCUAGUGCCCAUUCCAGAUUCCCAAAUAUGGAGAAGGACUGGGUUUUGGAAGAAGAACAGAAUGCUCACCCUUGAAAGAGAGAGAGAGAAAGAGGGAGUAUGAGCCGCCGUCCAGGAGCCUGCUCCUGGUCACCAUAGCAACCGUGACGAGCCAGCAUCCCGCUCUGCAGCACCGACUUCUCAAACCUCAACUGAGAUGCAGCGGUGAGGACGAGCAGCGAGAGGCAGACACCCAGGAUUUCAUUCCUCCUCGUUGCCUCGACUGUUAAUCCCUGUGCUUUGAGAGAGAAUUGCAGCGAAGGGACAAGGGGGAGAAAAGGCUGUACCUUGGAGACUCCGGAUGCUAACCUCCGGCGGGUGGUCCAGCGGGAAGGUGGAGUGUGCAGCACUUGUGAUGUGUGCAGCCAUAGCAGCACCACCUGCAUUCUGAGGACCGACUGACGGUGGAGAGCCAGCAUUUAUUACGUAUCGAGGAGAUGCCCUUUGAAGCCCUAACUGAUUAAUGUGACGAAAUCAGGUGGAUCACCAGCCAUCCCAUUGCCCCCUUUGCUGGGGGGUGCUGAGAGUGGGGAAGCAUGGAGGACAGUAAGAAUGAGACAAUGAAUCGUGCUCACGUCCUCUUUGACCGGUUUGUGCAGGCCACCACCUGCAAAGGAACCCUCAAGGCCUUCCAAGAGCUAUGUGACCACCUAGAGCUGAAGCCUAAGGACUACCGCUCCUUUUAUCACAAGCUCAAGUCCAAGCUUAACUACUGGAAAGCCAAAGCCCUAUGGGCAAAGUUGGACAAGCGGGGCAGCCACAAAGACUACAAAAAGGGAAAAGCAUGCACUAACACCAAGUGUCUCAUCAUUGGAGCUGGCCCCUGUGGUCUCCGUACAGCCAUCGACUUAUCCUUAUUGGGCGCUAAAGUGGUUGUUAUUGAGAAACGAGAUGCCUUCUCCCGCAACAAUGUCUUGCAUCUCUGGCCAUUCACCAUACAUGAUCUACGAGGUCUGGGUGCCAAGAAGUUCUAUGGCAAGUUCUGUGCUGGAGCUAUUGACCAUAUCAGUAUCCGUCAGCUUCAGCUAAUACUUUUGAAAGUAGCCUUGAUCCUAGGCAUUGAGAUCCAUGUCAAUGUGGAAUUCCAAGGUCUUGUACAGCCUCCUGAGGACCAAGAAAAUGAACGGAUAGGUUGGCGGGCACUGGUCCACCCCAAAACCCAUCCUGUAUCAGAAUAUGAAUUUGAAGUGAUCAUUGGAGGGGACGGCCGUAGGAACACCUUGGAAGGAUUUCGCCGAAAAGAAUUUCGUGGCAAACUGGCAAUUGCUAUUACAGCAAAUUUUAUUAACCGAAAUACAACAGCAGAAGCCAAAGUGGAAGAGAUCAGUGGUGUGGCUUUUAUAUUCAACCAGAAAUUUUUCCAGGAACUGAGGGAAGCCACAGGUAUCGACUUGGAGAAUAUUGUCUACUACAAAGAUGAUACACACUAUUUUGUUAUGACAGCUAAAAAGCAGAGUUUGCUAGACAAAGGGGUGAUAUUGCAUGACUAUGCCGACACAGAGCUCUUGCUUUCCCGGGAGAAUGUGGACCAAGAGGCUCUACUGAACUAUGCCAGGGAGGCGGCGGACUUCUCCACUCAGCAGCAGCUGCCAUCUCUGGAUUUUGCCAUCAAUCACUAUGGGCAGCCUGAUGUGGCCAUGUUUGAUUUCACUUGUAUGUACGCCUCUGAGAAUGCUGCCUUGGUGCGGGAACAGAAUGGACACCAGUUAUUAGUGGCUCUGGUUGGAGACAGCCUCCUAGAGCCUUUUUGGCCAAUGGGAACAGGAAUAGCCCGGGGCUUUCUAGCUGCUAUGGACUCUGCCUGGAUGGUACGAAGUUGGUCUCUAGGAACAAGCCCCUUGGAAGUCCUGGCCGAGAGGGAAAGUAUUUAUAGGUUGCUGCCUCAGACCACCCCUGAGAAUGUGAGUAAGAACUUCAGCCAAUACAGCAUAGACCCUGUCACCAGAUAUCCCAAUAUUAACGUCAACUUCCUCCGCCCAAGCCAGGUGCGCCAUUUAUAUGAUACUGGAGAAACAAAAGAUAUUCAUCUGGAAAUGGAGAACCUAGUGAAUUCCCGAACUACCCCAAAGUUAACUCGUAAUGAGUCUGUAGCUCGUUCAAGCAAACUACUGGGUUGGUGCCAAAGGCAGACAGAUGGCUAUGCAGGGGUAAAUGUGACAGAUCUCACUAUGUCCUGGAAAAGUGGACUGGCUCUGUGUGCAAUCAUCCAUAGAUACCGCCCUGAUCUGAUAGAUUUUGACUCUUUGGAUGAGCAAAAUGUGGAGAAGAAUAACCAGCUGGCUUUUGAUAUUGCUGAGAAGGAACUGGGCAUUUCUCCCAUCAUGACAGGCAAAGAAAUGGCCUUGGUGGGGGAGCCCGACAAGCUGUCUAUGGUGAUGUACCUGACUCAGUUCUACGAGAUGUUCAAGGACUCACUCCCCUCCAGUGAUGCCUUGGACCUGAAUGCUGAGGAGAAAGCAGUCCUUAUCGCUAGCACCAAAUCUCCCAUCUCCUUCCUAAGCAAACUUGGGCAGACCAUCUCUCGGAAGCGUUCUCCCAAGGAUAAAAAGGAAAAGGACUUGGAUGGUGCUGGAAAGAGGAGAAAGACCAGUCAAUCGGAAGAGGAGGAAGCACCCCGGGGCUACAGAGGAGGAAGGCCCACACUGGUGAGCACUCUGACAGACAGAAGGAUGGAUGUAGCCCUUGGAAACCAGAACAAAGUGAAAUACAUGGCAACCCAGCUGCUGGCCAAAUUUGAAGAGAAUGCACCUCCACAGUCCACUGGCAUGAGGAGACAGCCGACACAAGAGCGUGGGGCCAGCCAGCCGUCCUGCUGCCUACCUGAGCAGGGUCGCCCUGCUCCCACCCCCCAGUGGAAACAGCGACGGGAAAAGGAGCGUUCUCGGACCUGCCCCAAAAAAGUGAUCACACUCUCUCCUCCCCCUACUCCACCUCCCUGUCGGGCGCCUGGCAGCCAGCAGACGUACAGGGAUCUUGAUGCUGACAGCCGUGGCAAGCAGAGUCCCCACCAUGAGAGGCCAGAACCUGAACCUUCUCGUCGAUUUUUUGUUGACCAGUGGGAGCUUUCUCUUAGUCUUCGCUCCUCCAACCGCCCCGCCUCUCCCUCCUCUGACUCUCUCCGACAGAAGUAUAUAAAGAUGUACACGGGCGGAGUGAGCUCAUUGGCUGAGCAGAUAGCCAAUCAGCUUCAAAGGAAAGAACAGCCCAAAACCCUUCUAGACAAGAAGGAACUGGGCUCAAUAAAGAAGGAGUUCCCACAGAACUUAGGAGGCAGCGACACGUGCUAUUUCUGCCAGAAGCGGGUCUACGUGAUGGAGAGGCUGAGUGCUGAGGGCAAGUUCUUCCAUCGGAGCUGCUUCAAAUGCGAGUACUGCGCCACUACCCUGCGCCUCUCGGCUUACGCCUAUGACAUCGAGGACGGUAAAUUCUACUGCAAACCACACUACUGUUAUCGACUCUCUGGCUCCGCACAGAGGAAGAGACCAGCAGUGGCUCCUCUGUCUGGAAAGGAGGCCAGAGAACCCCUGCAGGAUGGCCCCACUGUGGACACAAAUGGACGGGCCAGCGCCGUUCCCAGCCCUGCUGAGAGAACCCCAGGUUCAAGUGUGAAUGGGCUGGAAGAGCCUAGCAUUGCUAAGAGACUCAGGGGGACUCCAGAAAGGAUUGAGCUGGAGAACUACCGCCUGUCUGUGAAGCAGGCCGAGGAGCUGGAGGAGGUGCCGGAGGAGACCCAGGCUGAGCACAACCUGAGCAGUGUGCUGGACAAAGGCGCAGAGGAGGACGUGGCCAGCAGCAGUUCUGAGUCCGAGAUGGAGGAAGAGGAGGAGGAGGAAGAGGAGCCUCUGCCCACCUCAGACCUGGGUGGUGUUCCUUGGAAGGAGGCUGUGAGGAUCCAUGCCCUUCUGAAAGGAAAGAGUGAAGAGGAGCUGGAGGCCUCAAAGAGCUACGAGCCUGGGAAUGAAGAGGAGGAAGAGGAGGAAGAAGAGGAGGAAGAGGAAGAGGAAGAAUAUGAGGAGGAAGAGGAAGAGUCUAGUGAAGAAGGGGAGUAUUGCCCCUGGGACAGAGAACUCCUGCAAGGCCAGUGGCUCCAGCAUCUGUCAAAGGAAGAAGAUACGGGUACAUGUAAAGUCGGGAGCCAGAGGCUACAGCAGAUCAUAAAUCCGGCUGACCCCUUGGAAAUCCAGGCUGAUGUGCACUGGACACAUAUUCGAGAGAGAGAGGAGGAGGAGCGAAUGGUACCAACCUCUGAGUCCUCCACUUCUAGAGUGCCUGACCUUCCCUCCAUACGCCGCGCAGCAGUGCAGGCCUGGCUGGAGACAGUCUCCGGAGUCCCAUUUGAUGAGAAUGACCUGGAGGAAGAUGUGGACUCGGAACCGGCAGAGAUAGAAGGGGAGGCAGCGGAGAAUGGGGACACAGGGGACACUGGUGCUGAGCUGGAUGAUGAUCAGCACUGGUCUGACGAUAUCCCAUCAGAUGCUGAAACAGAGCUUCGCCUGCAGCACCAGGCAGCGGUAGAGGCCGAGCUGGAGCUGAGGGUGUCGGAAAAUGAGGAGGAGCAACCCGCCACCACACCAGGGCCCCAGAAGAGAGGUCCCGCCCAAGUCCCCAGCCCUCCCCGGUCCCCUGAGGAGCAAGCUGGUCUGCUCUCCCCGGGCCGCAGCCCUGUGGCAGAGGGGGCCCGAAUCCCACUUGCCUCUGUUGCUACUAAGGUGAAAUUGCCCAAGGAGAGCCUCUUCCCUGAGCCUUUGCUCCCCAAAGAGAAGCCCAAAGAAGAAGCACCCAGUGAUGAGAAACCUGUGCACUCUCCUAUCCGAUCACAGCCAGUGGCUCUGCCGGAAGCCAGGACACCUACCUCCCCAGUUAGUUCACAGCACGUGUCACCAUUGGCCACCUCCACUCCCACCACUACCCAGCUCCCCAUCUGCUCCCAGCCCCAGCCUUCCUCUGAGGCCACUGUCCCGUCCCCCACCAAGCCCCCCAUAUGCUUCCAGCCCAUUCCAGCCAAAACCCCCAUCCCCCUGGCUCCUCUUUCCUUGAAGAUCCAAGAGGACACCAAGGACAGACUGGGCAGCCCUCUUGCUGUGGAUGAAGCCCUGAAGCGGAAUGACCUGGUGGCAGAGUUCUGGAUGAAGAGCGCCGAGAUCCGCCGUAGCCUCGGACUCACACCCGUGGAUCGGAGCAAGGUGUCCGAGUCCAGCUUCCCCUCGCCCGCCUUUAAACCAGUGUCCCUAAAAUCCUAUUCAGUUGAGAAGUCUCCUCAGGGUGAGGGGCUCCAGCUUCUAAAACCUCCACCUGCUCCUAAGAGGCUGGGCCUGUCGAAGUCAGAUGGUGACCAGCCCUCACUGCCAACUCCCAAGUCCCCAUCUGACAGAGAGCUGAAAAGCUCCCAUGAGGAGAGGAGAGACUUGUCAAGCAGCUCUGGGUUGGGCCUUCAUGGGAGUUCCUCCAACAUGAAGACCUUGGGCAGCCAGAGCUUCAACACCUCAGACUCCACCAUGCUCACUCCUCCUUCAAGCCCACCCCCACCCCCACCCCGGGAUGAGGAGCCCGCAACUCUUCGAAGGAAGCCAUAUCCAACUUAUGAGCAUAAGGAGACCGAGCCCAAGGCCUCAGUGAUCCCACCCCCACCACCUGCAUCCUUUAUGAGGGCCCCCCGAGAGCCUGCCCAGCCCCCUCGAGAGGAGGUGCGGAAGUCGUUCGUGGAGAGCGUGGACGAGAUCCCCUUUGCUGAUGACGUGGAGGACACCUAUGAUGACAGGACAGAGGACUCGAGUCUGCAGGAGAAGUUCUUCACACCCCCCUCUUUCUGGUCCCGAACCGAGAGACCCCUCCACCCACCCCUAGCCAAGGAGAAUGGUAGGUUGCCUACUCUGGAGAGUGGGGUCCAACCACAGAAGAGUGGCCUUCCCUUAGUCUCUCCAGAAGCCAAGGAGCUGGCUGAGGAGCGCAUGCGAGCCAGGGAGAAGUCUGUGAAGAGCCAGGCGUUGAGAGACGCCAUGGCCAAUCAGCUGAGUAGGAUGAAGGAGAUGGAGAUGGCAGCUGGGACCUCCAGGCCCCCAGGAGGCACCUCCCGCAAAGCCUCCUCAUUUCCCUCCAAGGGUAAAGAAGUUGGCCCCGAGUCCCCUAAACGCCCAGUUCUCAAAGGCCCCGGGGAGCCCACCCUGAAGCACGAAGCCACUAGUGAGGAGGUCCUCUCCCCUCCGUCGGACUCGGGGGGCCCAGAUGGUUCGGUCACCUCAUCCGAGGGCUCCAGUGGGAGGACCAAGAAGAGAUCGUCACUCUUCUCCCCCCGCAGAAACAAGAAAGAGAAGAAGUCCAAAGGUGAGGGCCGGCCCCCAGAGAAGCCCAGCCCAAACCUUGUGGAGGAAGCGGCCGCCAAGCCCAAGUCCUUGUGGAAGUCUGUCUUUUCUGGGUAUAAGAAGGACAAGAAGAAGAAGGGUGAUGACAAGUCUUGUUCCAGCACCCCUUCCAGCGGGGCCACUGUGGACUCUGGCAAGCACAGGAUGUCUCCUGUUGUGAGAGCAGAGUUGCAGCUGCGGCGCCAGUUGAGUUUCUCAGAGGACUCUGACCUCUCCAGUGACGACAUCCUUGAGAGGUCCUCCCAGAAGUCCAGGCGAGAGUUGAUUUAUGUACCACACGCCUUGGCAUUCAGGAGAUCAUAUGCAUCAAAGCCAAGAACAUACACGGAGGAGGAACUGAACGCCAAGCUGACCCGGCGUGUGCAAAAGGCAGCUAGGAGGCAGGCCAAACAAGAGGAACUGAAGCGGCUACACCGAGCUCAGAUUAUCCAGCGACAGCUGGAGCAGGUGGAGGAGAAGCAGAGGCAGCUGGAGGAAAGAGGGGUUGCUGUGGAGAAGGCGCUCCGUGGUGAAGCAGUUGAGCCCAGUGGCGGGACUCCACGGCGUAGACCUCUCUCCUUCUGCCCUUGCUGUGUCCAGGAAGGCAUGGGCAAGAAAGACGACCCCAAGCUGAUGCAGGAGUGGUUCAAGCUGGUGCAAGAGAAAAAUGCCAUGGUGCGCUACGAGUCAGAGCUGAUGAUUUUCGCCCGGGAGCUGGAACUGGAGGACCGGCAGAGCCGACUGCAGCAGGAGCUUCGGGAGCGGAUGGCCGUGGAGGAUCACCUGAAGACCGACGAGGAGCUGUCAGAGGAGAAGAAGAUCUUGAACGAGAUGCUAGAGGUGGUGGAGCAGAGAGAUGCUCUCGUGGCCCUGCUAGAGGAGCAGAGGCUCCGGGAAAAAGAGGAGGACAAAGACUUGGAGGCCGCCAUGCUGUCCAAAGGCUUCAGCCUGAACUGGUCCUGAGCUCCGCCCGUGCUCUGGCUGGCUGGUCCGUGGCAUCCACCUGACCCACGCUGGGUUCUCCCACACCUCCCAGAUGCGAGAUCGGAGAAGGCCUGGCACCCCCUGGGAGUUUACACUCAAAUGUCUACGUGCCUCUUGAAAAGUGGGUCAGAUGUCUGUGCUAGGGGGGAACCCCAGGCCAGGGUGAUUAUCUGAGAUGGCUGAGCCCGGCUUCCUGCUCCAGAGAGAGAGGAACACAGAGCAUUGGACACGUGAUGCGGGAAAAGGAGAACCUGCACGCUCCCCGAGGACACACCGUGACUGGUGCCCCUCCUGCCACAGGAGGAGGAAGAGAAGGAAGCUGCUCCCUCUCUGGCAGAACCACAGCCGCCAGGGUGCACCUCCACGGAGCAGAGGGGGCGGCCAUCCUCUUCAUGCUCGCUGAAGCACCACCAAAGAAACGAAGAACACCCCCCGGGAGGCAAGAUGUGAAUCAAGACCUGGGAGGGGGGCCAGUGGCCAGCAGGUCAGCGCCUUCGCCGGCUUCGCAGGGGGACCUGAAGGCGGGCUGGCUCCGGAAUUCAUGAUGCAAGUGAGGAGGACCCAGGAGGGGUCUGCUCCCCGACACCCCCGCACCACACACUGGACCACUGGUGGUCAAAUGCCGCAGGCCUCUCUCUGGCUUUGGCCUGAGGCCUGUGGAUUGCUGCAUUCUGCUUUUAAUUCACAACAAUUUUGACACUGGAAAAUACUGACUUUGGGGGACAGGAUGAGGCCCGACAUUUCAAGCCCCCACUUGACAGACAGGCGUUGUCACUGCUCAGCGCUUUGCGUCGGGGCAGGAGAUUUUCUUUUUCCUUGACGUUUUUCCUGUGUUUGCACAUUGAAAUGAAGCUGACGACCUGGCAAGAUGCUCAGCCGCUUCGGACCCUUUUUGUCAAUUAACUUAUUUUUUUAAUACUUGAAAAGAAGUAACUUCAUUUUUAUAUCUUUACUAGAGACACUGAUCACGUGGCACCCGGUGUAGGUAGGAGUGACGGGCUGUCUGCUGCGUCCUACACAGUCCCAUCCCAAACUGACUGAACGCUGUUACAGCCGUCUAUUUAUUAGCCUUCUCAUCGUGUUGCUGACCCAGUUGGCAUUAGGGAGCAGCUGAGACCCUCGUGCGGGUUCUUGGUUGUAGCUCUUCUGUCCCCUCCUGUACUUUGCGUCUGGCGCCUCCUCCGUCACCUAGCCUGCUCUCACUGUAAUACCACACUUUUGUGUCUGCACCAUUCAUCUGUCAGGGGUACAUUUCAGCACUGUUUGAGGCCAGGCCAAAGGCCACAGAUGCCACUCGCCUCUCCUUAUUGAACCCUGGCUCUGCAGAACCCAUCUUUUCUCCUCUGGUUUGGUGCCAGGGUUUCACCCCCCACAGCACAUUUUUUAAGUUUGGGGGUGAGCCCUUUUCCAGGCUGGCUGAGACAGUGUAUGAUGGGGCCUUGUAAUCCAUCUGGCUGAUGCGAAUUCCCCUCAGCCCAGCCUCAGGUCCCGCCAGACAGAGAUGCAAGUGUUGUGGCACAUGUUGGAAUUUAGGUUGGUCUCUCACAGUUAACGCCACCCCAGACCUACUCUGCACCCGGAUCUCCAUGGCGAGGCAGGGGGUAAUGAGCACCAUGUAACCAGUUCCUUGAGCCAAACUGCUCACUUCUCAUAGCUCAACCAGAGACUGGCCUUGUGCAGCUCUUGGAGCCAUGGUGUGGGAAAAUCUGGUGGCAUAGAGCUUGUCCAGCCACACAAUGGCAUGUGGUCCACCCAGGGAGGAUUCCUGUCAGGGCCAGACCGAUCCAGAAGGGCCCUCCAGCAGAAGACUUCUGGUGGAGAGGGGCCAGUGUAGAGAGAACAGAGGCCUGGUGGCUCUUCAAGGCAGCCUAGAUCAGAGUCCGUGCUGACCUUGGAACCUCCAUGGGAAACCACACCACCAUGCCUCAACUUGAACAUCCAUUCUUAGUACAAAGGAGCAAAGAACGUGUCUUACUCUUCACUUUUUCCAAAAGCUGCCAUCUCUCUCCUGUGGAAAUCCAGAUGUGCUGCUAGCAACUGUCACAGCUCUGACUUCUUCACUUUCUGUUUCCAGAUGAGGCAGAGUCUCCAUUUUUAUGCUUUUCUUAAAAAGGGAAAAGGGUGUUCUAGAUUCGAUCUUUAAACCUCAACCUUCCAGUAAAAUUGGACUUGAGACAGGACCUUCAUCGCCUGUGUGGCCUUGUCCCUAACCCUCUUCACCUCUCGAAUGCCACCUUAACUAGCCAAGCCCCAAGAAAGCUGCCUGCAUCCCUUAUAGCUCCUGCUAAUCCCAGAACAGGGAAACAGUUUACGAAGCGGCUGGUAAAGGAUGUGGCCUAGGCAAUGUGCUGUAAGUAGCUUAAUGUAGCAGGAGCACCCGAUGUUACCCUAUGCCCUUGCUGCCGGCCAGUACCGGUCAGCCUUUUAACACUCCGCACUCUGCUGAAGCACACUGCUGCCUGCAGUUACUAGAAGGGGUACUGAAGACUCUGCAGAGAAGCUUCGGAAAUCCACAAGCCUGCAAAGCGUUCCCCAGUUCUCCACCCGCCAGUGGUGUUACGACUUCAGGUUCUAGUAGUGCACCUUUUUUUUUUUUAAAGCUCCCAUUUUAUUACCACUAGUUUGCAGUUUAUUUUAGUACCCUGGUGACAUGCUGCAUGAGAUGUUUUCCACCUCUGGAAAUGCAUGCAGCUCCAGGCAGGUCUUCUUGCCGAAAUUUAAGUCCCCUUGAAGACAGGGGACACAGAACAUAUAUAUAAAUAUACACACAUUGACGUGUGUAUGUAUGUAUGUAUGAAAUGUUAGAGUUUGAAUGAGCCCAAACCUGAGGCCAAUACAGGGGGCAACCAGUCCAGCACCACUAGAGGGAAGGUAGGAGACACCCCUACUCCUGAGUCUAAGGGACUCCAUGUGGGGUUCUAACCUGCUCAGGUGACAUAUUUGGGCCUUUGCCUUCAAACUAUCCUCCAGUUGCUUUUGACCAGCAAUGAUAGACUCUUCUUUAUCCAUUCAAAAGAGAAGACAUUUUUCAGUGGGGCAGGAGGUAGAGAGUUUAAAGGAAAAAAUUUGAAAGAAUGAUAAUAACUGAGCUGCAAAGGGGAAUGGGCCAUUUUAUGCGCAAUAAACGUUUUUAAAAGAAAUACAGAGUAUUUCUUAAGUCAUUUGACUGGACUUGGCAGUGAGCCAGGAUGCAUUUCCACAUUCCACCACCUGCCCUUUCUUAGGGAGAUGCUGUCCAAGCACAUCAUUUAUGUCUGGCAUAUGUGUAGGUGUGUGUACAAGGUUGUUAAAGAACACAACUUUGUUUUUGUUUUUUUGUCCUUUUUUUUUUUAGUCCUUCAUAUUACCCUGGCUCAGCCCCCAACUGCUAUCAUUUGAGAAAAUGCCUGAAACAAUUUAAUGUGAUAAGAAGCUAUUCUUCAAAACCAAGCCUCGAUCCCCUCUUGAAGAGAAGGAGCAUUGUUCUUUGAAAGAGAGAUUCUUCAAGUCUGAGUGGUCUUGUGGCCCUGGCAGCCUUCUUUGCUUCUGUGCCUGCCUGAUCUCUGUCCUUUGAUACAGCUAACUAGGAAGCCCAGUGGAAUGGGGUCUGCGGCCUCCAGGCCUAAACGAUUUAGAUGUGUCAGUGUCCCUGUGUACAUUCAGCAUAGGGCCUUGAAGAGAUGAUGUCCCCCUUCUUUGGACUGGAAUCAUCCCCAAGAGAUUGAAGGGAAUAAUCCUGGCCAACUCUUCUCUCUCUACUACAAGAAGCCUCUUGGGCUAAUCUUCAGAUGAAGACACAUUUCUGCUCUUGUCCCCUGCUUUGGUGUGUUAAUCUAUCAGGAGAUAGCUGACUUUGUCAUCACCCACAGAGCUAAUCCCAAAGGUACAAUGCUUCCCUCUGGAGCAGCAACAGCAGGGAGAGAAAAAAUGGCACUAGAUGGUUGGAGGUGAGCCUUGCCCAGCCUAGAGGUCACUGCCAUGGAAGCUGGCUCCUAGAGCCUUUCAGCUUCAUUGCCAGCUAGCCCAGAAAGAAGAAAGGGCCCUACCUUAGGGAGAAAAAAAUUUAACCAGCUUGAGUGAAUAUCCUUGGCUGUGGCAAAUGCCUAUUGGGAGAGACUGGAGUUUGGUAGUCACCUGUGCUGAUCCCAGUCACCUUUUGUUCCUUAGAGGGGCUUGCUUUCAUUAGAGCUGGAAACAGGCAGGAUUUGGCCUUAUGUCACAACAGCCCCAGGUGGCAGGAAAUGAUGGCUGCUGUUUUGAGGCAGGGAACCAGAAAGGAAGGCUAUGUAAGUGCACCUCAGAAACACAUACCCCCUUUCCUUCCGAGAAACUACCACAUCUUAUGGGCUCUGUAAUCCCUCCUGAAACCUUCUGGGAAUCAGAGUGAAAAAUGGUAAAUGGAGAGAAUGUACUGUUUUAUCUUACCUUAUGAGCUGGCCCAUGCCCUGAAGGAGACUCCCUUCUCUCUGUUACCUGCUCAGAAGAUCCCCUCCCAGCAACGCUCAGUGAAGAGGGUAAGAAACCAUCCUCUGAGGUGGGUUAUGUCCCACUGAAACAUCAGCCCAGGGGCCAGAGCUGCCCCGCAUAUACUAAACCAAGGAGCCUAUUAGACCAGGUGCCCAGGGUCACAAAGGCCUUUUACUGACACUCCCAUAUGGACCACCUGUUGCUGCCGAACUUCACCAGGUAGCAUUUUGUGACAGCCCCACUCCUUGUGUCCUCUGCCCUGAGGUCUUAUAGGCAGGACUUAAAACAAGGAAACUGGAGUCCCGGCUUCCGUGGGUAGGCCAUGUGGGCUGGCUGCCUCUGCCUGAGAAGCCACCUUAUUACCAAGACAGAUAUGGAAGAGGAAACUGCGUCUCAUGAUGUGUGCAUAUACACACGUGCACAUGUGCACAUGCAUGCACACGCACCUUCCUUUCCAUGCUCAGCAUGUCCUUUCUGAACCAGAGUGUACCUCUAGCUCUAAAGUAGGCUGAGUAUUGGACCCGGGAGGGUCCAACUGAGGGUCCAGGCCAAGGAUCUUGUAACAGUAAACAGCCCAGCGCCUGGAGGACUACAGUUGUAUUGAACGGUCUCCAAAGUAGGCAGCUAGAGCAUCCCCAGAUCCAGGGGAAGGGUCAUUUGAGUGCCCAGUAAAAGUGUGGGGCUGCCUUGGACAACUUGUGAAAUGAGAAUGAGGUUGCCAGUGUCUGGUGAGGAAUGUGAGUUGGGCGAGAUUAAGGUUGGCAUUCAGGCAUGAAACUCAUUCCUGCCUCUUCCCUGACUUUAGAGGAAGCCUUAGGCCUAUCACUUAACUGGUCAGUGCCUCCCUCCCUGGGAUCCAACCCAGGAAGGAUCCCUGAAAGGGAUCCAUGGAAGGGCAAAGCAUUGAAGGGUUUGAGAUUCUUGAAUCAGGGCCUUUGUAGAUGAGCAGACAUCUUUCAUUAUGGUAACUAAUGUUCACCGUGAAGAAACCUGAGAAGCACUGAGGGGAAGCAGUGCCAGCACCUCUAGGGUCUGGCUCCCUACUACCCAAGUUCAUCUCAGAUCUAUCUGGUGAGCCAAUGGAGUUGUGCAUUCAAUUUUAAUUACUUAAAAAGCUGGGCUAAAUCUUCGGUUUCCUCUCAGGAACUUAACUUACUCAUGACAGGUCGCUGUAGAUGGGCAGUGUUUUCUAGAAGCUUCAUAUGGGAAGCUGCUGGGUGCGUGCCUGAGGUUGGACGAUGCUGAGCCUGAAUCAGCACUCAGCACCUUACUAGGAACAAACCAGCACUCUCAGUUCAAGGGGACAACACCCCCGUCUUUACCCUCCGGUCUCGUUCUACAGCCACUAGCCACCAGCCACCUCCACUUUCAUCUCGAGGCAGCUACACCAGUCACUGGGGACAUCCUGGGUCCCCAGUCCCCCGGGGUCAUUACCAAGGAGAAGGGGUUCAUCCAAGUGAAGGCUAGGGUGUAUUAGCGUUACGGUGCUGAUCAAAAGCCAAACAUGCAACACAGGCAACUAGCACAGCAAGUGACAAGAAAAAAUGAGUUUCUUGGUAGAGAAGCCUGGAUGGAUACCCAGCAUCUGGUGCUGUGGCCUUCAGGUCGUCUCCCUAAGAGUUUGAAUGCCAGGUCUUUCCUGUAGGAGAAAAAAACCAAGAAGCACCUAACAGCUGAAGCCCUCUCCCCAGCUGCAUUUUAUUUAGUGUUUUUUAAAAUGUUUGUAAAGAAUUAAGUACCAUUUUUAAAAUGUAAGCAGGGCCAGACUUACUUAGUACCAGCCUUCAUAUUGGGACAGAAUACUGUUUCUGGCCCUAGAAUUAAUGUUUUCAGUCUUCAUCACAUUGUUCUUAAAAUCACCUGUGAAAAUCUGGUUGGGGAAGCAGGAGGGUGAGGCUGGAAGGUGCUGGCCCUGGGUUAGCACUUGGUGCCUUAUACCAGUUUGGGAACAAACCAGCACUUAGCUCGGCCGGUGGGGGUUGGGAGGACACCCCAUUCUUUUCCCUCCUGCUUCAUCUACAGCCCAGGGGAUCCAGAAUUGGUAGAGCCUUAACUCCUGAGGGGUGGUCACCCCAGAGUGUCUCUUCUGAAUGAAUCACCCCAACAUGGCCUUGGCCCCUGCAUCCUGGAAGAUGCAGAGAGCGGCCCCAGGACCUCCUAUGGGAAGAUAUUUGGAAGAAGCAUCAAGGACAGAUUUUUCUGAAGCACCAUGCCUGAGGAGAGUGGGUAGAGGGUAUGCCCGCUGUGCUGACUGCAGCGGUUGACAUUAAAUGUAAAAUAAGUUCAUGCCUAUGUAUGUGAAGAGCCCCGCAGACCCUGUUCAUGACUUUUGGAGUCAUUAGUGGGAAGGAAAGAGGGAAACAAAUAGUAACUUUUCAGUUUGCUGUAGCAGGGUGCACACUUACCCUCUGGCUGUUUGCACUCCUUCUGUGGGCAACAACCAAAAUAAAGUCAGUCAUUAUUUUUUC